UUUUUCGUCAUGGUAACGAUGCAUUUCGGAUUAUUGCGCAUGCGCUGAGCGGAAAUCUUCCUUUCUUUUGGCCUGUCGUGGUCGGCGAGAUGGGGCGAGUAAUUCGAGGACAGCGUAAGGGUCCCGGUGGGAUCUUCAAAUCCCAUAACACCACCAGAAAAGGUGCUGCAAAGCUCCGUCGUCUGGAUUAUGCUGAGAGGCAUGGUUACAUCAGAGGAGUUGUGAAGGACAUCAUUCACGAUCCUGGCCGUGGUGCUCCUCUUGCAGUUGUGACCUUCAGAGACCCAUACCGUUACAAGCUGCGCCAUGAAAACUUCAUUGCCACUGAGGGCAUGUAUACUGGCCAGUUCGUCUACUGUGGAAAGAAGGCCUCGUUGAACGUUGGAAACUGCGCGCCUUUGGGCUCUCUGCCUGAGGGUACCGUUGUCUGCAACGUUGAGGGAAAGGCUGGUGACCGUGGUGCGCUUGCCCGUGCCUCUGGAAACCAUGCUAUCGUGAUUUCUCAGAACCCUGAUGCUGGCAAAACCAGGAUCAAGCUACCAUCUGGCUCCAAGAAGGUUGUGUGCAGCGCCAGCCGUGCCGUCAUCGGUAUUGUUGCUGGUGGUGGACGUAUCGACAAGCCUCUCCUCAAGGCAGGUCGUGCAUACCACAAGUACAAGGUCAAGCGUAACUGCUGGCCUCGUGUCCGUGGUGUUGCCAUGAACCCGGUAGAGCAUCCCCAUGGUGGUGGUAACCAUCAACAUAUUGGUAAGCCGUCAACUGUCCGUCGUAACACCCCCGCUGGUCGCAAGGUCGGUCUUAUCGCUGCCCGUCGUACUGGUCGUCUGCGUGGAUCGCGCAAAGAGAAGGACAGAGAUUAAACAUCUCAUUCCACCCGACUUGCCAGGAAAUAAAUGCUUGAAAAAGAAGAA